CGAGAAGGGCGUUGAGUGGCUGAGUGGGCACCGUGACGUCACAGGCCGGAGGGUAUAUAAGGGGCAACAGGGGGGACAGAGCCCUCAGUUGUCCCCUCGUCUGGCUGGUGAACGAAAACUCCUCGACACUCAGACAUAAGACAGCGGCGGCGGUAAUGGCGGCAGUAAAGAAUGUGGUGGUGAUGGCGUUAGUGGUGAUGGUGGUGAUGGUGAUGCGAGGCGGUGAGGCAAUACCGUCCAAGGUGGGGAACAGGAUGGUGCCCAGCUGGUGGAUUAAUGCCCGCAGCAAGAGGUCGUGCCAGAAGUGGUCAGACUGCACCGAGGGGGAGUGCUGCGCCCGGCCCAUGCUCGCCACAAAGGCCUACUGCUUCCCCUACAAGACACUGGGGGCCUCAUGCUCUGCCUCGGCCCUGCUGGUAAACAUGGAGAAUGAGGUGUUUCUGGACCACUGCCCGUGUGACGUGCACCUGACCUGCGCCAACCUGUACCUGGGCACCGGCGCGCGGGCCCCGACUAGCGUAUGCGUGGACCCUGACGUGGCCUUUGACCGUACCAACACGGCCGAGACGGAGGCCGUGCACAGACCCCAGCCCUUCCCCAAGCAGGUCAACUUCUAGAGGGUCUACUGCUGCUACUGAUUCUUCUUCUUCUUCUGCUACUACUACUGCUACUACCACUGCUACUGCUACUACUACUACUACUACUACUACUGUUACUUCUACCAUACUUCAUACAUGAUUUAGAUUUCUCUUCUUCCUAUUCAUCCUCCCACUCUCACUACUUUUUCUAUCACUACUAUAUAGCCCUACUGCUACUACUACUACUACUAUUACUUUACUGCUAUUGCUACUGUUGAUGCUGAUGCUUCCUGCUAGUUUCUUUGACGCUGUUAUGGAUUCUGCUGCCUGUGUGUGUGUGUGUGUGUGUGUGUGUGUGUGUCCCUUGUCACACAAGUUUUCUGUAAUAUGUAUCUCUGCUCGUCAGUCAUGUAAGGUCGUCUUUCUUUUUUACUUAAGGAGAUUAUCAGUCAAAAUAUAAUCUUUCCAUUUUAUCAAGUCACUUUAGGCGUGUGGCUGCUUCGGGCAGCUGUGAUGCCAUCUCUCUCUCUCUCUCUCUCUCUCUCUCUCUCUCUCUCUCUCUAAAGAAAAAAAAAUCCAAACAUUAUUUUGUCCUUAGAAAACUAAUUUUUCGUGGAAUUGUAUGGUCUUAUCAUAUAACUAAAUAUGCCCAAAGUAUUUAAAACGUAUUAAGAGGUAGUUCACUAUUUACAAUAUGAGGGAGAGAGUGGCGGUGAUGGUGUGGCAUAUCCGCUAAUCCCGCCAGCCACACGAAACUGAAGAUAAAAUGGAAAGACCUCUCUCUCUCUCUCUCUCUCUCUCUCUCUCUCUCUCUCUCUCUCUCUCAAACUUAUCUACCUCUUAACUAAUACCACCUGUCAAUUUGUCAACAUUCAAAUCACCGUUGUCCCCACCUGCCUGUCGGUCUCUCAGUCUUGUCAAUAAAUCACAACACAACCA